CUUACUGGACUUGGCCUGUCCUCAAGAAUGGCUAUUGACAGACUCAAGGGAGGCUAAAUGUGAAGAGUGCUUUGUAGGCAAGGAGAUGCCUUCUCUGCUCUUGCAUCAUUUAUUUUUAAGACCCUUUGGAUGGGAAGAGACCUUGAAAGGACCUCUAGUUUAUCCUGCAACUUCAGUCAAUAUCCCACUUAAAUCAUCCCAGAUUUACUGCCAUUUUAAUGGAGUUACAGAGGGAGGAGAGAGGUAAUAGAGAAGAGGAAACCUAACCAAUGAUUGUGGAAUAAUAUGGAAGAAGAUAGAAAAAACUUGUUUAAUGGGUUGAAAGAGUGGAGACUUCUCUAAGACAUGGAUAGAUGCAAACAUGUAGGGCGGUUGCGACUGGCCCAGGACCACUCCAUCCUGAACCCACAGAAGUGGUGCUGCAGGGAGUGCACCACCACUGAGUCGGUGUGGGCCUGUCUCAAGUGCUCCCACGUGGCCUGCGGCCGGUACAUCGAGGAUCACGCCACGACACACUUCGAAGAGACGGGACACCCACUAGCCAUGGAGGUCCGGGAUCUCUACGUGUUCUGUUACUUGUGCAAGGACUACGUGCUCAAUGAUAACCCCGAGGGGGACCUGAAGCUGCUGAGAAGCUCCCUCUUGGCUGUCAGGGGCCAGGAGCAGGACCCACUGGUGAGGCGCGGGCGGACGCUGCGGUCCAUGGCCUCGGGCGAGGACACGGUCCCGCCGCAGCGCGCCCCUCAGGGACAGCCGCAGAUGCUCACGGCUCUGUGGUACCGGCGCCAGCGCCUGCUGGCCAAGACGCUGCGGCUCUGGUUCGAGAAGAGCUCCCGGGGCCAGGCCAAGCUGGAGCAGCGGCGGCAGGAGGCGGCGCUGGCGCGCAAGAAGGAGCAGGCGCGGCAGCGGCGGCGCGAAGUGAAGCGGCGGCUGCUGGAGGAGCUGGCCAGCGCCCCUCCGCGCAAGAGCGCGCGGCUGCUGCUGCACGCGCCCCGCGCCGCGGCCCCGCGGCCCGCCUUGCCGCGCGCGCCCGCCGGGGGCCGCCUCACGCCGCGCCGCGCGCCCGCCAUGGCGCCGGGCGUCACGGGCCUGCGCAACCUGGGCAACACCUGCUACAUGAACUCCAUCCUCCAGGUGCUCAGCCACCUGCAGAAGUUCCGCGAGUGUUUUCUAAACCUCGACCCUUCCAAAACGGAACAACUGUUUCCCAAAGCCACCAACGGGAAGGCUCCGCUCUCGGGCAGGCCGGCCAGCAGCUCGGCCACCGAGCUGGCGGCGAGGAGCGACCGGGCCAAGUCGUGCGAGCGGGAAGGCCUCUACUUGAACGGCGGGGCCUCCAUCAGCAGGAGCCUAGAACUCAUCCAGAACAAGGAGCCGAGCUCGAAGCACAUUUCCCUCUGCCAUGAACUGCACACCCUCUUCCGAGUCAUGUGGUCCGGGAAGUGGGCCCUGGUGUCGCCCUUCGCCAUGCUCCACUCGGUGUGGAGCCUGAUCCCUGCCUUCCGUGGCUACGACCAGCAGGAUGCGCAGGAAUUUCUCUGUGAGCUGUUGCACAAAGUUCAGCAGGAACUCGAGUCCGAGGGCACCACGCGCCGGAUCCUCAUCCCCUUCUCCCAGAGGAAGCUCACCAAACAGGUCUUAAAGGUGGUGAAUACCAUAUUUCACGGGCAGCUACUCAGUCAGGUCACAUGUGUAUCAUGCAAUUACAAAUCCAAUACCAUUGAGCCCUUUUGGGAUCUGUCCCUGGAAUUCCCUGAACGCUAUCACUGCAUAGAAAAGGGCUUUAUCCCUUUGAACCAGACAGAGUGCCUGCUCACUGAGAUGUUGGCCAAGUUCACAGAGACAGAGGCUCUGGAAGGGAGAAUCUACGCUUGUGACCAGUGUAACAGCAAACGACGAAAAUCCAAUCCAAAACCCCUUGUUCUGAGUGAAGCUAGAAAGCAGUUAAUGAUCUACAGACUACCUCAGGUCCUCCGGCUGCACCUUAAGAGAUUCAGGUGGUCUGGCCGUAAUCAUCGAGAGAAGAUUGGGGUCCAUGUCGUCUUUGACCAGGUAUUAACCAUGGAACCUUACUGCUGCAGGGACAUGCUCUCCUCUCUUGACAAAGAGACCUUUGCCUAUGAUCUCUCCGCAGUGGUCAUGCAUCACGGGAAAGGGUUUGGCUCAGGACACUACACAGCCUAUUGCUACAACACAGAGGGAGGUGCGUGCGCUUUACUCUGUGGGGUGGGGGAACACGGAAAAGGGUUGGUUUGUCCACAUUUCACUGCUUUGCUUUUAUUUCAUCUAUGGGGGAUAUUACAUACAUUAAAAUUCAAUGGAAAGAAGUAAAAGUUGGGUUCAAAUUUUAGUUAUAUCACUAAGUAACAGCAUGUAAUUGUCCCAAGAAUUGACAGGCACUGACACAUGUGAAAGUGCUUAGCCUGGUGCCUAGCACAUAAUUCUCAAUCACGGUUAGAGGUUAUCACUAUUAUUAAUUCUUCUGCUGCAGUCCUCAGUUUUCUUCUUGGUUAUGCAGGAACUAUAGGACCUGUGUGACCCCUUGAAGAUACUGUGUGAAUCUCACAAGCCUCAGCUCAUAAUACAGCUGAGGACACUUCCUGAGCGCUUACCAUGUCCUUACCACCUCCCUCACCCUGGGAGGUAUGGGGAGCUUUCAGUCCUUGUACCCUAGAGCAGAGCCUCCUGGCUACUGCCCUGAGGCAGGUGGGCUGCAGCUGUGUUUUCAGUGGUAUACUAUUCUUGAGUCCCUCAGCCCUGGGGUCGGAGUGAGCCAGUGAACAAAUCACCUUUCAUUCCUUCUAAAUUUUCCUUUCUCACUCCUCUCUGUGUACAUUUCUCCUCCCCUCCUUCUCCUCUUUCCAUCUCUUAGCCUCCCAUCUCCUGCUAUCUUUGUACAAGGCCCUAAUGAGAAAUGAAAAAACCUGAAUAAAAGUAGGACAAAAAUUAGUCAGUUGAUAUUGGAAGCAGUACUGUGAUGAGGUUUAGUGCGUUUUCUUAAAAGUUAAUGGUUACAGGGAGGUCUGUUGGUUUCAUUCACUUGUCCCUUCCACCACCACCAGUAAUCAAGGGUUGGCUCUAUUCAGAACUCCUCUGUGCCUUUCCUUCAUCUCCUGGUUUUGCCUGCUGAUUGAAAAUAUGAGUUGGAUAGUUAUUUUCUUUCUUUC